CAACUGUGCGUUUCUAAGACAAAUAGCCAACGGUUGGGCAACAGCUACGUCUUAUAAACGCGCCCAAUGUGGGUUUGCUGACUGCUGAGUUUGGUGCUAGUGCUUCGUACAACAACAAUAAUUACUGUUCAUCGUCUGGUGCCCCUCAUUCGUUUGGCUCUGAAAGCGUCUUGUCUGAGCGGCUCAGAGUGUUAACGUCAUCGCUCCCGCUCGCAAAGUUGAUUCUGGCGGGAUUGCUAGUUCUAGUGGCUCUAAAACUGUACGUCAUGUUGACGGCCUCAUGGACAUUGCGGGUACUACUACCACCACGGAGCCAUCAACACCGUGCACUGCUAAUGCUUCUGUUGCUGCUAAUUCAUCUUUACUCGCUCCUGUAAUUGUGAACAAUAUUUCUUCUGCUGGUUUCCCACCUGUUUCACAACAUAUACCGACUGGUGGUGUUAGUGCUGAAUCUGAUGCCGUUAACGCUACGGGCGCGGAAGUGCCUAAUCCUCCUUAUCCUACCCGCAGCCCUGUUUGGCUUACUGCUGAGAGUAAAAGGACAAAGCACAUCCAAAAGCGAACUCGCGUGGUGGGAUCAAAUGAUUGUAGUGAUCUUGGCGUGGCUGCCCGCUUUAAGUGGUUGCACCUUCCAUCUUUCGUGCCAACCGUUCUGUUCGGCCGUUCCGUUUUUUUCACAGAGGGACAAAACUAACUCAUCCGAAUUAGUUCAUUUGCCCUCGAAUGCGCCUGAUCCCGUAGUAUUGGAUAUUAAUAAGUUUAGUUGUAAUGCAUAUUUAAAUGUUAACAGGCAGAAAUAUAAUUAUAGCUCUUUGAAGGUUUAUUUUCAGAAUAUUUCUGGCCUUCGAACUAAAUCAGCAGCAGUACGCUCUAUUAGCUCGCAAAGGGAUUUCGAUGUUUUUGUUAUUGUUGAGUCAUGGCUAAAUGCGGAUUUCUUUGAUGAGGGAUUUUUUGAUUCAAACAUUUAUAAUGUCUUUAGGAAGGACAGGGAGGCAACUAAGACUGGUUGUCUGAGAGGCGGCGGAGUUCAUAUUGCGAUUCAGCGUAAAUUUCAUUCGUUCUCUGUCUCGCUUGAAAAUGAUGAUUCCCUUUUGGAUCAGCUUUGUGUUCGCAUCAGUGCCUCAUCUAGUCAUGACUCUGUUUUUGAUUAUUUCUUAUAUCCCGCCUAUUAGUAAUUAUAAUCUUUAUAAAGCGCAUUCUGACAACAUAAUGUCUUUAGUAUUAAAUAAGCUAGGAGAUGACCACCUUUGGUUGUUAGGCGAUUUUAACCUUUGCAAUGUAUCUUGGUCCACAUCUUUUUCCAAUGCUGGUCUCUCGCCAAUUAAUGUCAAUGCGUCCCAUGAAGUGUUCUUUAUAGAUAGCCUCUAAAGCCUUAAUUUAUUACAAAUCAAUAAUUUUGUUAACAAGUUGGAUAGAAUUCUUGACCUCAUAUUUAUUAGUGAUAACAUUAAGUGUAACAUUGAAGUUUGCCACAAUCCGAUCACUCCAUCUAAUAUGCAUCAUGUUCCUCUGUUACUAAAAUUUGAAUUUUAUGUAUUCCCGUCUUUCAAUGCUGAUGACAAACCUAAGUUUAAUUAUGCAGCCUGCGAUUAUCCCAAGUUAGAUAGAUUACUGGAUGAAUUAAAUUGGGAAAGCUUACUCUCUUGCCCCGAUGUAGCUAAAUGCAUCGCUACUUUCAAAUCUGUAAUUUCUGAUUUUUGUUUUAAAUUCAUUCCAAUAAUCAGAAAAAGACCCUAUAAAGAACCGUGGUAUAAUCGUGACUUGAAAAAACUGAAGAAUCUUAGAAACAAAUUUUAUAAUAAGUUUAAGGCCUCUGGAAGUCAGUUUUUCUUUGAAAAAUAUCAGGUCCAUCUUAAAAAGUUUAACUGCUUGAAUAAAUUCCUCUACAGAAAUUAUAUCUUAGGCAUUGAAUCCAAUAUCAAAGAAGAUCCGAAAUCGUUCUGGCAUUUUAUUAAGUCUAAGAAGAACAACUCUAGUAUUCCCUCAGCUGUAUUUUUUGAAGAUAAAUGUGCCUCCACUCCAGCUGAAGUUGCAAAUCUAUUUGCUGCAUUUUUUAGUUCUAAUUUUGUAGAUGAUAACCCUACUGUGGAUUCUAGUUUCUCUGCUAGUGUGAGUUCUACUAAUUUUGGCUCGCUUAGACUUUCAUCUGACGAUAUUGCUAAUGGCAUUUUAAAUCUAUCAGCUUCUGCAAAACAAGAUAUUGAUGGGCUCUCUUCAAACUUUAUAAAGAAGUGCCCUGCUUUGAUCUCUCCUUUAAAAAUUAUUUUCAGUAGGUCUCUAGCCUCCGGUAUUUUUUAUGAUGAAUUGAAAUUGACUUCAAUUACCCCUAUUCUUAAAAGUGGCGGCAAAAGUGAUGUCUGUAAUUACAGACCCAUUUCGAAACAUUCAAUAAUUUCCAAACUUUUUGAAGUUAUCGUCAAGGAGAAAAUUUAUUUCGCAACAAAAAGUCUAGUCUCACCCAACCAACAUGGUUUCGUCCUCAACCGAUCUACGGUUACUAAUCUAGGCGUCUUUAGUGAGUAUUGUAUUGCAGCUAUCUCGAACGGUUUCCAAGUCGACUGCAUUUACACUGAUCUUGCCAAAGCAUUUCAUAGAGUUUCGCAUAGUUUGUUGGUCAGUAAGCUAGCCUCAGUGGGUUUCCACUCAGUAUUUUUGCAAUGGCUCAAAUCUUAUUUGUUUAUUUGGUUGUUCUUCGGAAUCUUUCAUUGCCUCAUCGGGGGUUCCUCAAGGUAGCAUUUUAGGUCCCUUACUCUUUGUAUUAUUUAUAAACGAUGUGAGUUCUUGUUUUUCAUUUGCUAAAUUUUUGCUUUAUGCUGACGACUUAAAAAUUUUUGCUGUGAUUGAAAAUUCGCAUGAUGCGCUUAGACUUCAGUCCGAGAUUAAUAUUCUACAUAGUUGGUGUCUCAGCUCUCGCCUUUCUCUGAAUAUUAAACAAUGUUUUCAAGUUACUUUUUCCAAAAGUCACAGUAUUCUUUCGACAUCUUAAGUAAUCUCUCAAACUCAACUUCAAAAAGUUCAACAAAUCAAAGACCUUGGCGUCAGAGCUCAAUGUUCU